AUGCCACCAUGGGCCUACCAUCCAUCCGCGUUGAAAUCCUUCUCAAUCGAAGAAGGCAUCGUGCUAUCAGUCCUCCACAACAAUACCGCAAUCCCUACCCUCCAGCUUUUCACCUACUGCUUCCUCGCCUACAUCGUCUACAAACUCCUCAUCUACCCUCAAUUCCUGAGCCCGUUGCGCUCUCUCCCUCAACCAAAGGGAGGCUACCCCCUUCUCGGUCACGCCCUCUCUCGCUUCCAACAACCGCUCGGAAAAACCUACCUCCACUUCAUGAACACCGUCCCGAACCAGGGACUGAUCCUCUUCCGGGACCUCUUCCACACCGACCACCUCCUGCUCACCUCCCCCGAAGCCCUGGCGGAGAUCCUAAUCCGCAAACCCUACCACUUCGAAAAACCGCCCGAGAUCCGGCUCUUCACGAGCCGCAUCCUCGGCGGGGGGCUCCUCACUACUACUGGAGCGGUCCAUAAGAUGCAGCGCCGCAAUGUGAUGCCGAAUUUCACGCUGCGGAAUACGAGGCGGUUGGCGCCGUUGUUCUGGGAGCGGAGUUGUGAUUUGGUUACUGGGGUGAGGAGGGAGCUUGACCUUCUGGGUCUGGACAGGGACGGGGUGGUGGAUAUGAACGUCUGGGCGACGAAGAUCACGCUGGAUAUCUUCGGGGAGGCGGCGCUGGGACUUCAGCUGGGGUUGUUGAGGGGAGGGGAGCAUCCGAUUGAGAGGGCGUAUGAGGGCGCGUUUCGGUCGACGCCGAGGAAGGAUUUGUUAUUCGUGGCGCUGUCGUGUGGGUUGCGGUGGGUGGUCGAGAAUGUGCCGUGGAAGAUGGAUCGCGAGUUUGAUGAUUCGACCGAGUAUUUGAGGGGGUUUUGUCGGGGGGCGAUUCAGCAGAGUAGAAGGAGACAGGAGGAGGAGCAGCAGGAGAAGGAGAAGGGUUUAGGGCAGGGUUUCGAAGAAGAGCAGUCGGAUCUACUGUCGAAGAUGCUGGCGUCGGGCAAGUUCACGGACGAGGAGCUGGUCGAUCAGUUCUUGACGUUUCUGGCAGCUGGACACGAAACCGUCGCCGCAACAUUCGGCUGGACGAUCCACCUACUCGCCCGCCACCCAGACAUCCAGAGUCGACUGCGCUCAGAACUGCGUCUCCACGCCUCCCUCUGCGGCACCCAGAUCAGCGAAUCCCUCGAAUCGCUCCCCCUACUGCACGGGGUCUGCAACGAGGCCAUCCGCAUGUACCCGUCCAUCCCUGUCACACCACGCAUCGCGACCCGCGAGACCUCGAUCCUGAACUACACGGUGCCGAAAGACACGCGGAUCAUGAUCGCGCCGUGUGCGAUCAACCGGGCGCCGCAUCUGUGGGGACCCUCGGCGAAUGAAUUUAUGCCGGAGCGCUGGAUCGACGCGGAUGGAGGCAUGAACAAGACGGGGGGCGCGGAGAGCGUGUUUGCGAAUCUGACGUUCCUGCACGGGGCGCAUGGGUGCAUCGGGGCGGACUAUGCGCGCGCGGAGCUGCGGGCUAUGGUGGCGGCGUUGGUGGGCGCGUUUGAGAUGGAGAUUGGGGCGGAGGAGUGCGAGAGGGUGGUUGUGAGGGGGAGAUUGGCUACGAGGCCCGGGGAUGAGGAGGGGAGGCUGUUGGUGAGGUUGAGGCCUGUUCCGGAGUAG